GUGGAACACAGUUUCUUCAGAAAUCACAGUGAAUUUGGGGAAAAGAAAUAUGCGAUGAACCUGGACGGGAUUCGAGCUUGAUUUUCAUAAAUGUUAAAUUGGUUGAUCAUCGCGCGACAAGGGUCUUGAAAUGGAUACGAGACGUUUGACUUCCUCCGAUAGUCAUGGACCGAAUGUACCUUACAUACAUAAGGUUGGCAUCCCUCCGAAACAAAGUCUCUUGAAGGAGUUCAAAUCUACGGUGAAAGAAACGUUUUUCUCAGAUGAUCCUCUACGACCGUUCAAAGAUCAACCAAAAUCUAGAAAAAUCGUGCUUGGUCUACAAGCGGUUUUCCCGAUUCUUGAAUGGGGAAGAAGCUAUAAUCUAAGAAAGUUCAGAGGUGAUCUUAUUGCUGGACUAACAAUUGCUAGUCUGUGUAUUCCACAGGAUAUCGGGUAUUCAAAACUUGCGAAUUUACCUCCACAAUAUGGAUUGUACUCGAGCUUUGUUCCACCUCUAAUUUACGCGUUUAUGGGUAGCUCACGAGAUAUAGCCAUAGGACCUGUGGCCGUGGUCUCUUUGUUGUUGGGUACGCUUCUUCGGAAAGAAUAUGAUCCAGAUAAGGAAAAAAGUGAAUAUCUUAGGCUUGUAUUUACAUCUACAUUCUUUGCUGGGAUCACUCAAGCUACUCUUGGAGUUCUCAGACUCGGGUUUCUAAUAGAUUUCCUAUCGCAUGCUGCUGUCGUUGGUUUUAUGGCUGGAGCUGCCAUCACCAUUGCCCUUCAACAACUCAAGGGAUUUCUUGGCAUUAAACAUUUCACUAAGGAAACUGAUAUCAUAUCAGUAAUGAAGUCGGUUUUUGGAUCCGUUCAUCACGGGUGGAACUGGCAGACAAUAGUCAUCGGAGCAAGUUUUUUGACGUUCCUACUUGUCGCCAAGUACAUUGGAAAGAAGAACAAGAAGCUCUUUUGGGUGCCUGCAAUUGCACCAUUGAUCUCGGUUGUUCUAUCGACUUUUUUCGUGUACAUUACCCAUGCCAAACAGGAUGGUGUUGCAAUCGUGGGACGGAUUGAGAAAAGAAUCAACCCUCCUUCGCUUGACAAAAUCUAUUUCUCCGGUGAAAAUCUACUAAAAGGAUUCAGAAUCGGCGCAGUGGCUGGCAUGAUAGCGUUAACGGAAGCUGUUGCAAUUGGGAGAACGUUUGCUUCGAUGAAAGAUUAUCAAGUAGAUGGAAACAAAGAAAUGGUGGCACUCGGAACUAUGAACGUCAUCGGCUCAAUGACUUCGUGCUAUGUUGCAACCGGUUCGUUCUCGCGAUCAGCUGUAAAUUAUAUGGCAGGAUGCCAAACCGCAGUUUCGAACAUUGUGAUGUCUUUUGUAGUGUUCUUGACUGUGAAAUUUCUAACUCCUCUUUUCGAGUACACCCCCAAUGCGAUUCUAUCUUCCAUUAUUAUAUCUGCUGUCAUUGGGCUGAUCGAUUUCGAUGCUGCCAUUUUGAUCUGGAAAAUCGACAAACUUGAUUUCAUGGCAUGUAUGGGAGCGUUUCUUGGCGUGGUUUUCAAAUCGGUCGAGACUGGUCUUUUGAUUGCUGUUGCUUUAUCUUUAGCUAAGAUUCUUCUUCAAGUUACGAGACCACGAACUGCGAUCCUUGGAAAGAUUCCAAUGACGACCGUGUACAGGAACAUCGGACAAUACCCGGAAGCGACUAAAGUUCCUGGUGUUCUGAUUGUAAGAGUUGAUUCUGCUAUCUACUUCUCCAACUCCAACUACACCAAAGAAAGGAUAUUGAGAUGGCUAACCGAUGAAGAAGAUAAUCUAAAAGAAACAUACCAACCAAAGAUUGAAUUCUUGAUAGUUGAAAUGUCACCCGUUACCGACAUCGACACCAGCGGAAUUCAUGCCUUCGAAGAGUUGCACAGGAGUCUGCAAAAGAGAGAGAUUCAGCUUGUUCUUGCGAACCCGGGCCAAGGUGUGCUGGACAAGCUAUACGCAUCAGGUUUCCCUGACUUGAUUGGCGAAAACAAGAUCUUUCUGACCGUUGCAGACGCGGUUCACACGUGUUCACCGAAGAUGGUUCACGAGGUCUGAUCUAUUUCGUGAUGAAAGUAGAAAAAAGAUUUACGCAGAUAAAAAGUUCAAAUGGUACCGAAAUAAGGCUACACGAGUCCGUUAUAGUUGUGGGAUAGAGUCGAAAAAUCGGACAUUAGAUGGUGAAAGUACAUCUCUGUAGAUUUUCGAAGACAGUAAUACUGUUUUGAUUUUGUUUAUAGAUGUAACGACUAACGACUGCGGUUCGAGUUCAUAUAUACAAAGAGAAGGGUAUAUGAAAGAAAAUAUUCUCGUUCGGUGUCA